UUAAGAAGUCGCACAACAUCAGUCUACGCGGCCUUUUACCAACCCUGGACAAUCUGGUACCUUCACGGAGGUUUGCGUCACAUUUAAAGUACAUUCUCGACCGUAAACAUGGCAUCUCAGAGUUUUAAUCUUCCAAGUGUCUCAGCUAUUCCAGCGUUCACUCACUCGUUUUAUCAUUGCGGAUACUUCAACCCAGAGAUGUCAACCUGUCUUAACAGAAAUGGCUCUAGUAUAUGGUCUAGUUAUGUGAAUCCAUGUUACCACCAAAGCUUUCAAGGCAUCCCGUAUCAACCCGCAGAUGAAGAAAAACCAACUCAAUCAUACAUUGGUCUUAUUGGAAAAGCAAUUCUAAGCUCUCCACAGCAGAAACUUGUUCUUGGUGAUAUCUACAACUACAUUCUAACAAAUUACCCUUACUUCGGGAAUAAAGGACCUGGAUGGCGUAACUCCAUACGCCACAACUUAUCACUAAAUGAUUGCUUUGUUAAACUGGGUCGCUCUCCAAACGGCAAAGGACACUUCUGGGCAAUCAAUCCACUUAACUAUGAGGACUUCAGUCGGGGACAGUACAGACGCAAAAGGGCCACGAGAAGAAACCGGGAGAGAAACGGAACUGAGAUAAGAACAAAUGAAAUCUCCAACAACUAUCCAGCUGCUCAAACGAAGUGUAAAAGUUUUUUACAAAAUAGAGGUUUUCACAUCGAAACUCUUUUAUCCAAUAAAUGGGAAGAGAAAGGUAGCGCUGGAUCACUGAAUACUACGUCAGCAUUUGCUGUUGUCGCCAGCUAAUUCAUAAGUGGACUGGUUUUUUUAGGAAUUUUGAUUUCAUAUAAAAACUGAAAGCUGCGUAAACAUCGAAGAAAAGAACGGAAAAGGAAGCUGAAUGUUUAUCUCAAACCACCUGCAUAGUACAUAUGAAAUAAGAAUGGACAAAAACUUGAUCAACAAGCCAUACACAUUGCGUUGUAAGCAUUUCUCCG